AUGCCGUCGCCGGCUGUGUCGCCGCAGUCGUCGCAGCAGCUGUCGUCUGGCGUCGUUGCCCCUCCGCUUCCGCUCUCGUCGGCUCCUCCUGCGGCAUCGGUCCCGCUCCCCGCUCCGCCACCCUCCUCCCCUCCACCUCUGGCGCCUCCUCCGUUGUCAUCAUCGGCCGUGGCACCCCCCAUGCUCCACCCCUUUUUCUCAAUUUCCCUCCGCCUCUCUUCCUCCUGUCGAGCCUCCGCAGCAGCAGCAUCCUCUCGUUCGUGGGACAUCGAGUCCGACUUCGUGAAGGACAUCCUUCGCUGGGAGAAGCGCAUGGUGGCGGUUGGGGAGUGCCUGUCGCACGUGGCAAUGGUUCUCAAGCAGUUGCACGCAGGCUUGAUGGCGCGAAACCUCGUGCUUCGUGAUCCUCAGCUGACAGAGCCCCAGCAGGGUGUUUUUCGCGAAGCGGUGGCGCACUCCUCCGUUUGCCCCUAG